GAUGGCGGUGUCGCCGGCGGUGAUGAUUGUAUGAGUCAGAUUAAAGGAGAUAUUACUGGAAGAACAUCGAAAGAAAGAUACGAACAGCUAAUCUUGGAGCUGUAGCAGGGUAAGAAUCGCCUUUUGUUUCUUAAGGUAUCCUCUCACUGAUAAAUCCGCAGGAAAUUUUGUUGAUCUGUGGUUAUGAGAUCAGGCCCUUGGCCUUCUGUUUUCAUUUGAUGUUGCGUUAACUUGUAAACAUAGGCGUACGGGCCGGGGGGGCAAGGGGGGCUGCAGCCCCCCCAAAUUUUGGGCGACUCAGAUUUUUUGGGCAGCAAGAGAAAAUUUGGGCAAAGCCAGUUUUUAAAGACGUUUCCAUGUUUUUUUUAUUACUCUAAAGAGACAAAUAUUUUCUAUUUUAAUCUGAAAAAAUCCUGAAGUCAGCGUAAUAAUCCAGUUACAUUCUCUCGAGACACUCACAGUGGUUGCCUAGCGCGUGAUGAGUUUCUGGUUAUAGGGAAGGGUAUCAUUUGUUGAUUUACAUAUUUAUAGUUUUUUAUUGGUGAGCACUGUACUGCACUGCACUGACUGGAAUGGGCUCUUUCCAGUCGUGAAUUGAUUAGAAUAAAUUUCCGCAUAUCUUUCUAGAAUCAUCUUAGCAACAGUGGGUCUGAAAAUGAAGAAGUGGCUGACUAGUAAUCCGCUCGAAUUACGAGAAGAAUAUUAAUUUUUUAAAAAAAUCUAUCAAGCAAUAAUUUAUUAAAGUAGACCGAAAUGUUUAUAAAACCGCUAACAAGAGCCCCUCGAUACAUACUAAUGAAAUCCUUCUCUCUAGCAAUCGGCCGGAGCCAUAUCCAUGAUCAUAUCUUUUACACACGUUGAAGAUUGAAGCUACUAUGAGGUGCAAUUGCAUGUCAAAAGAGCUUCGUUUUCUACAAAUAACAGCCAAACAUCAAGAUUUUUUUCCCCAUAUUUAUAAUGAUAAAACCUUCAUCCCAAAAUAUCCCAAUAACGCUCCUAUAGAUUCCGUUUUAACUUCACGAACAUCGAGGCGACUAUUGGAGAAAAAAGUUCCCGUGAACAAUUUUGUAGGAAUAGUUCCCAUUGCCGAGAAAUAUUGCUGCAAGUAAAAUAGACAAUGGCGUCAUUUCGUUGCUAUGACAUUUCCGAUGUCAUUAAAACCCCGCUCAUGAUAAAUUUUCAUCUUCAUCUAAUAAAACUAUGGUAGCAGUUUUUCCAAAUGUUUGUCUAUGGCGACGUAGUUAUUCUCAAAAUUGGGAGGUAUUGACCUUUAUAUGCCCGUACGGCCUAUUGGAGAAAAAAGUUCCCGUGAACAAUUUUGUAGGAAUAGUUCCCAUUGCCGAGAAAUAUUGCUGCAAGUAAAAUAGACAAUGGCGUCAUUUCGUUGCUAUGACAAUUCCGAUGUCAUUUAAACCCCGCUCAUGAUAAAUUUUCAUCUUCAUCUAAUAAAACUAUGGUAGCAGUUUUUCCAAAUGUUUGUCUAUGGCGACGUAGUUAUUCUCAAAAUUGGGAGGUAUUGACCUUUAUAUGCCCGUACGGCCUACGUUAUUGCAUCGUAUCGCCUUCGUUUCUUGUCUACUGUUUCGUAAAAAUUUGGGCAAGUUGGGAGAAUUUUUUGGGCAAAUGGGUUAACGCCCCCCCUGGCAAAAAAUUGCCCGUACGCCUAUGCUUGUAAAGAAGUCCAAGAAAAAUUAUUUCCACCUAAAAUGUGUGUGAACUGUUCUUUUUAGUAACUGUAUAUAUAUAACAUUAACCAGCAGUAACCGAGAUGAAUUAGUGUAAAUGUUAAUGUUCAUGACGAUCGACUCAAUGCACUUCCGGCUUUAAAGGCCUCCACUAGUGAGCUAACAUUUUAGAAAGAAUUAUUCAGGUGCAUUCAAUGGGGGCCAGAUCAUUUCGACCAAAAAACAUAGAGUUUGCAAAAUGCAACAACACAUUGGUCUCUUUCCAACUGACUCGCUUCCCAACUUCCUCCAGGUUGAACUGAUUCACCGGCUGUUGAAGGGAGGGUUUAUCUUGUGAGUUGCCCCUAUUGAAAAGUUAUUUCAUCUAAUGUCUAAUGCCAUAAGUUUGGAUAACCAAACAUUUCUCGCUUGGUAUGUGGAUUCUUUCAUUAACUUUUUUCAGAGCCAAAAUUUUUAUUUGUUUCUUUAUUUCUCUUUCAUUUCCCAAAGAAUAUGGUAUAUAAUGGAGAGGGGGUGGGAGGGAAUUCAGGGAGCUGGGGCCUGCAGGUGUCAGUCUUUUGGGAGGGGCGACCUGUAGGGGCUCAGUUGACCUUGGUUCACUUCAGUAUGUUCAUUUAAAAAAACAAUUUAAACCAGCUGAUGCAUUCUUUUAGUAAAAGAUCAAUUCAUUUAUUAGUACGUCCUAAUAAGUAUUAUUUGUCAACAUGUACACGCAAACUUGCCUACCAUCAUUGUAACUCAUGUACUGCACAACUACUCCUGGUUGUUCAAAAGAUGGAUUACGUUAUUCACUGGACUGAGUGAAUAAGUAUUUGUUAGGAAAACUAAUUGCACUAUCCACUGGAUAAUGUUCUGUCUGGAUGGAUAUAGCGUUAUCCACCUUUUGAACAACUGCUGCCUGCAGUAAACAAUAAUGGAACAUCACACAUGGAAAGAGAGGUGUGUGUACUUCAGGUGGUUACACCUUGUAUAGUAUAGUAAACAAUAAUGCAACAAUAUCACACAUGGAAAGAAAGGUAUUUGUACUUCAGGUGGUUACACCUUGUAUAGUAUAUAAUUGUAUGAAUCCACCCUUUGAACACCCUUUGCUUUCCUUAAAACGUAUCUCCUGGUAACCUGAAUCUCAUGCGAUUGCUUUGAGUUGUUUUCUCCUCUCAGUAACACCUGAAUCGACUAGCCGUUAAUGCCAUCCAGUGAUGUCACUACUUCCCGAAAACCGGGUAGUGAUUUUGAUUGGUUGAUUGUCUAAACAUUCGCAUAAUUAUGUAUAAUUAUGGGAAAUUUUUGCAGGAGUUUUGCUUGAUAUUCAGCACAUUGCAUCGGUGGCAUGCUUGCAUGGAGUUGAAACAUCUCGAUAAUCUUUAUUGUAAACCGCAAAAUUGCCCUUGUCUUCAAAACUGAAUUGCUAAAUUGAACUGCAAAUGAAGGAUCAUUGUGGGGAUCGAGUCUGUAGGUUUUUCAUUUAGUGCCGCUUUGUGGUUUCACAGUGAUUUUCUUUAUGUGAAGUUUCUGAGACCAAUAUGCUAUCAGGGUUUUCAUUAAUUUUUGAAGUAGGAGGGUUCUCGUGGUAGAGUAAGCGGGCAGCCCUACAUACCGAAGGGCCGAAGGACCGAGCCUCUAGGGGGGUCCGUGGGCAUGCUCCCCCGGAAAAUUUUUGAAAAUUAGACUCUCGGAAAUGCAUUUUCCAGCAUUCUGAGUUGGAAAUUUAUAAUUCUAUUCCCUCAUUUUGCAAACGAAAAUUGUGAAUAAUUUGCGGAGCUUUUACUUUAUACUAGCAAUGUUGUAACUGUUUACAGCCUUAGAGAAUUUACUAAAUUGACAAGCACAAAUUGACUUCAUGAAAACCAAUAAUGUAACUAAUUUUGUAACUUUUUGCAGCCUCAGGGAAUUUACUAAAUACAUAAUAUAACAGUAUGAAUAAUGAACCAAACUUACUGGCUUACCGGUAUAUUGCUUAGUUUGUUAGAUAGUGAGCCACACUUGCCUUUUUGAUUUAAAUUAUAAUAACUGAAACAAACAUUAUAUAGAUCGUAGAGUUUCAUGAAUGAACUCCUCCUGUACUGUUUGCUGCUUUCAUUCAUGAAGAAAACUUAAAGUCAAUCCUAAAUACGGGCAACUAAUGUAUGAAGCUUAAAAGGACUACACUAUUGACUAUAUGUCAUGGGAAAAUUCAAAGUCAGAGCCGUAAUCUGAAUCAUCAUCAUCAUCUGCUGGUAGCUCCAAUGCUUUUGAGGUUUCAUCUACUUCAUCUGCAAUUGUACGUUGAACUGGCUGAAUGACGCUGUCAUCAUUUGUCUGCACACCAGCAUCCUGCAUGGUUACCGUUACAACGUUCUCACUUAUACCACUUGAAUUGGCGACCAGUUGUGUGCUGACAAACAUUGGAGGACACUUUCGGCGUGGUUUGGCAGCUAACCAAGCUCUAACAGAAGCAUCAAUCACUCCUUCAAAUUCCUUACUUCCCACUUUAGGACCAUUGAUGAGAAUGUGUAGCAGAGCGUUGAGCAUGUCAUUCUUCAUUCUACUUCGAAGCCUUGUCUUCAUCAGUUUUAAAGAACUGGCACCCCUUUCCGGCCAUGCAUUCGACACUGGAAGAGAUCACUGCCUCUGCCAACUUUGCAAUAAGUGGAAGAUUAAAUGGGACCAGGUCCUUCAUGAACAUUAGCUUCUGGAGGCACCAAUCAGUUGAAGUGACUGUAGGUUUGCUUCCACCAGAGAGCUUUCUAACUUCCUCAGGCAAUUCGUUCUUCCAUUUUGCCAAGUCGUACUUGAAUACCUGCCACUCAUCCAUCAACUGCUUUUUGUCGCUUUCGUCAUCAAAGAACUGCUCAGCCAGAAGUUUCACCGCUGCACUGCCAUAAUCCCUGAAUCCUGGCUGGCCCCUUUCUGGAACUUGUGCAGGGUCAAAAAUAUUAAAAGCAGACAGGAGGGGAAGGGCAGGAAAUCUGCUACUUAAGCUUUCUUUCAGUGAAUUGACAUAUUUCACCAGGAAAUUGGUGAGAAACAGCUUAUCUCUAUCAGACGCAGUAAGAUCAGCUUGUUCCAAUCUGCCUCCAGGUGAAAGAUCUCUAAGGAACUCAGUGACUGGAACUCCCAUCUGGGCAAUUUUGUCAAGGUCAUCGGUGCACUUCUGAAUUGCUGGCUUUAUAUGGGAGAAGGAAACCUUUCCUUGUUGGAAAGCACAGCUGAGUCUGUUGAGAACAGGAAGAACGUGAUGCAUGACUGUUACCACCCCAAUGAAUUUCACUUUGUGCAUCUUUCCGAGAAGACCUGACGCCUGAGCAUCUUUCUGGUCAAGUUGCUUUAGUGUAAGCAUGAGUGGUACGUAAUCCUUAUGUACACCCUCUACAGCCUUGCCAAGAGAGAGCCACCUCGUGCGAGUAGCCUUAGCAAGUAUACGGACGCACUUAUCUUUAGCCUCUUUUGAAGGCUCUUGCAGCUUUUUCACGUUAAGUUGGGUCUUCAGAUAUGCUGCAAGUCGUUUUGGGGAAUUUUCAAAAAAUUUCCAGAUCUGAAAAAGCCAUCUCUCAACUUCUUGCAUGUAUGCGAUAUCAUCAUUAGUGUCACAGCAAGCAAGGGACAGUUUAUGGCAGAUGCAGUGAACACUGACGAGGUGUUUGUUCAACUCUUUCAGCCUGGUGGCCACCCCACUGGUUUUUCCAGUCAUCACGGAUGCUCCAUCCGUGCAAAGGCCAUUGAGCUUUCCAACUGACAAGUCACAAUGGUUUAACUCUGUUACAAGAGUCCUCGUUAUGGUUUCUGCAUUUGCAGACUCAGAUUCAACAAGGAGAUCAUUUGCACUAAGAAACUUAAUCUCUGUGCCACCAGAAGUGCUGUUCCAAAACUGCACGAACGUGAUUAAUUGCUCAGUAACAGAGAUGUCUGUUACUUCAUCAAUUAGAAGGCCAUAAGACCCUGCUUUCUUUAUUUCGUUUAUAAUCAUGUUCUUGACCACAUUUCCACUUGUCAGGAACAUUUCUCUCACUGCAGCGGGAGAUUUGUGAUUAAAAUGCUGCAUUUUGUCUAGCCCAACAGCACGAAACAGGUUUAGCAAAGAAAAGAACUUAACAUUAGCAACUGCCUCCCUUGCUAACCAAUACAAGGCUGCAAAAGCAUUGUACAAUACAUCGUUGCGAACUGCUUCCUUUUCUUCAUACUGUUGAUGAAACAUUGACACCCUUUGAUUCAUUUCAGCUUCCACAGCAGCUUGAUGCAUUUUGGCUGAAGAAUGUUCUCUGAUGGCCUCUUUCCUGUAUCUUUUGCUGGGUGUAGUGCUGAAUACUGCAGCAUUGUUCUGGGUGUUCAAAGUUUUAUGUUUACAGCAAAGAAAACAAAACAUGCCUUUGUUUUCCGAGAACAGAAGCCACCAGAUGCCUGUGGUCUUAUCAUAGGCUAGUUCUCUUUCUUCGACCCAGCUGUGGUGAAAUCGUCUCUUCUUCAGCUUCUUCUGCCUGGCCUCCUCUUCUUCUGAGAAAUCUUUGCAGCUUUUCUGUUUGCAAUCGUAGUAGUUGUGCAGGUUAGAAAGUCCACAUUUCUCUAUUUCCAAUAACAUAAUGUCAUCUGCUAUUGCUUUAGAUACACUUGGCCCUCGGGUUUUUUCUACUUGCCGUGAGGUAUGUGAGAGUGCUUCAUUAGACGACUGAGUUUCUACCCCUUCACUUGCUGCUUGUACUAGAGGCAUUGUUGAAUCAUCUGCCAAAGAAAGGUCCAAUAUGCAAUGCAUAAACCUCACCCUGUCACUUAUGCUGAGUUACAUUUUUGGCGGAUUUCCAUUUACCUUUUGCAGUAGUUUUUUGUGUCGUUUGUUUUAUGAGCUGCUGAAGAAUUAAGCUUAUAAAUUGUAUGUGUACACGAAGUUUAGCUUGACAUUCCUUUUAAUGUUACUUCUUUUAUGCUUCUAUAAUUGUAGACAUUUUUUUAGUGUUUUAAAAGAUUUCCACUGUAAACAUCUCUUUUCAAGUUACGCGAUACAUACUGUAAGUACUUUUUGACUUCCCAGAUUUUACGCAAUCUUUUCUACCAUGAAUAUAGAUAUCGGCUCGCUCGUAAAAGUAAGCUUAAUGCUCAUGGGACAACAUCCGCGGCCUCAGCUCGGACCUCACGCAAUGUUUGUUUUUAUUUCGGAUAAGUUUGCUGGGAAAUUUAAUUAACCAUCCUGUUAUAACUGUUAGGAAUUUGCACUAACCAUACAAUUCAGCAGGUUUCGAAGUUCUUAGAGUAAAACCAAAGAGGAGCCGGUUGAUUGCUUGUAUUCAAAGGUCGUUGCGGUUCAAUGACUCUUUUGACAUGCAAAACGCACACUUUAUUUAUAUCCGCCAGUGCAAGUUCAUUAUGUUGAAAAGAUAACUUGUAAUGUAUUAAUGACUCACCUUUUGCCCUCUUUGGAAAGAAAUUAUCUAAGACGCCUUGGACGUGAGGUCUUUUACUAGCAUUCUUCGCCAUUUUAAGCAAGUGCUUUUGGUAGCGUGAAAUGUCACGUGCAAAUGUUAUGUAACAGCAUGACAGAGGGUAGGUCCUGGUAACUACUUUGAAAACGCAGGCGAUGCGUUUCGUGCAAUGCGAUCAAACUUCGAAAUUUAUCCCUUUGGUAGAGAUAUCCUUCGGUAAUCCGGACACUGAAAUAUUAGUUUUCAUGAAGAAAAGAAAUGUAAUUCAGAGAUGCAAUUCCUGGUUAGACUCCCCUGGCAAGGCGGGAAAGCGGUGAAAAGAAGUUUCGGUUAGUCUGGCUUUUGAUUUCGUAUUUGUCUACUUGAGACCUAUUUCGGCGAAGGCGGGUACUGUGCUCAGAGUAGACGGGUGCCGGUACCCGGGUCCCGGCUUCUAAUAAAACCCCUGAAUAUGUCAUAUUGUCAUUCAACCUUCUUGCUAUUCACCAUCAAGUGUAAUGAUUCUGUUAGCUUUUCUUUCUUGUUUCCUUGUUUUCUUUUUUCUUCGUUAAGGACCAAAGUUCUUUUCAAUUAAAGGAAAUUGAUGCAUUUUUGAACUAAGUGUUCCCGUGUGUGUAUUUAUUUCAUUUCUUGAUUGCGACAGAGUUUGAAUUACAACCUGUUCAGAGCACUGCAUGCAGUUGAUAGUUUGAACGUUUAAAACAUAAGUUACGAUCGAAAAGAGUACAGCAUUUCUCUCAGCUGUUUUGUAUCAUGCAGACUUUUCAAAAUGAUUUUUCUUGGGUUGCCAGUUGAAAAUCGUGUUUUACUUUUUGCAUCGGAGUAGUGAUGUCACUGGACGGCAUUAAUGGCCAGACGAUUCAGAUGUUACUGACGGAGUAAUAAAAACUCAAAGUAACUGGAUACAAUUCAGGCUAAUCUACUUGAUGGUUGCAUUGAUUUGGUGUAUAACACUAUCAGACCUUUGAACAACUGUGGCCUACAGCUUGUUACCUGCACACCACAGCCUUACAGACAUGGGCAACUCUUUCCUGCUUAUUAAUAUGCCUUAAGGCAGUUUUUGCUGAUAAGGAAGCUUGGGGGAACUGUAAGUAACCUAACUCAAUAGCUCUUUUUCAUUACGGAAAAUCCAGGAAAUGAUAUCGUACAAAAAUGUCGAUUAAAAAUAGUUAUCAACAGUAUCGUAUUUAUUGACAUCAGUUAGCCUGAAAAUUUCAUUUUGGAGCUUCUAAAUUUUUAAAAGGUUCUAUGUAAGCAUGCCUUUACGCACCCAUGAUUGAAACUAGGCUGUGGGACCUUACAAUUAAUUUUCAUUCUCCUCUACCUGUUCCACCAUAUUGGCAGCGACAUACAUGUAUAAAGGGAAACCACAGCAAAGGCACAAACAUGCACUUCAGUCAUUGUUACUUUAAAUCCUAUGAUACCAUGAAAAUGACUAAAAACUUUUGUCUACAUUAAUUUUCUGCCACCACCUCUCUCACAUAAAUUUUCUAAUAAAAGAAAAAAAAAUCAGCAUCCAUGCAGAUCAACAUACAAAUACUACUGAUUUGUAAUAUCAAAUUAAUCAAUCUUAUCAGGCACUCACUGCUCUCAGUAACACGUUAGCCAGACUAUUAAAAGGUGCUUCAUCCCACUUCCCUACGUCCCUUUAAAUUUGGUUCUUCUUCCUUGCUACCAUUUCUGCAUGUACAUUUUCAUGUAGUUGUGAAUUGGUUCUCCCCUCUAUCUAUACCCACAAUCCCUAACAACUCCCUCCCUGCAAGCUCAGUGAAGAAAAUGUGCCUACAUGGUUAUAAGGGGUAGUCUGAAAAUAUUUCAUUUUCUCUUUGCUAUAAUCACCCCCACCCCCCAAAUGGGGAGCCAGGUAAGAGUCUGGCUUUUAGUUUAUGGAGAAUUUCAGUGUCCACCCUCGAUUUAGAUCACUCAAGUGCAUGGCCAAUUAAUUAAUAAGAAAAUCUGAGGGAAUUAGAACUACAUAGUUUUAUUACAAGAUGUAAAGCACUUAAAGUAUGGAGUAUUGAUGUCUUUACUACAACUAAUUACCUUGGUUUUUCUUGUUGCUGUUGUUGUUGUUUUUUUUGGCAAAGAGUUUAACUUAACUUAACUUUAUUAUUGCAUAAUCACACACUCGGAAAAUACAUGAGAACAACCAUAGGGGGUUUAAAUGGCCUAAGUUUUCUUCCCCCUACUCCCUCCCCCUCUCCAUUUCUCCUCCCCUCUCUGCCCCUCUCUUUAAAAAGAGGUCUGUUUUACUUGGUAAUUCCAAGAGAAUAAAACAUCUGAAAAUCCUGACCUGUUUGAUUGCUUUGAUUAUUUUUAUUAAAAGACUAAUCUAGAGUUAUCAUAUUUCCUUAAUUUCAUUUGCUGUAUACAAAUGUACCUGUACCUGUUAUUUAAGGCAGAAAGAAACUGGGAUGCAAUCUUACGUUUUGAUGAUUUAUUGUGUUAAAUAAAUGACAUUUUUCAAUCAGCUUCCAUUAUGAUGGAAGUUUUUGUCUAAGAGAAGGAUCAUAUAAUGCAGGAGUUAAGGACGACCCUAGAUUAUAUUUAAUUAGCUUUGUCAAUUUUGAAGCACAUUUGGGUGUUGGCAUAGAAAAUGUGCUUUACAAAUAAUGAACAUGAUGACUAUUAUGUGUUGAUAAUUAUUAUACUUUAUUUUUUAAAGAUAAAACGACCUCUGCUUAAUUACAGCACUGACAGCAGAGAUUCACAUAUCUGAUAAUGUGUGACCGGCAAUGCUUAGAAUUAAAAAAAAUGGUUGACUUUGUGAUGAAAGUCAUGCUUACAUCAAGUAUUAAGACUUAUUUUUACUAUACUAGGAAAGUCAUUUUAAAUUUCUUAUUUUUCCCUUCAUCAGCCAUGGCUGCCUCAUCCAGUCAACCUGAGACUAUGAAAGCAGAAUGCAGUCUGGACAAUCCAAAGGUUCAUUCUUUUUUCUGAAUUCUUUUUACAAAUAGCUAUAUUUUAUUCGUAUUACACCAUGUACAGUGUCAUUUCAAGGCCUUUGAAGAGAACUUUAUGAUUAUUUGGUAGUGUUUCCCAAAGCAAGCAUUUGAAGUUGUCAGAUGCUUUGUAAAAACUGCUUUCAUCAAGAAAACAGAAAACUACAUGCGAUGGCGUGAUCAUGCCCUUUGGGUGCAUGGCUGUGGUGAAAAUCAGGAAUGGGGUGGACAUUACAUUUGGGGAAUUUGUUUGUUUGAUAAAUAAUAAAAUUUGAGAAUUUUGUUGAUAUGCCUGAUUAAUUCCUAUUUGAUAGAAGGGGUUUGUUUCUAAAGACACUGUAAUAUGUUUUACUGUGGUGAGAAAUAGUGAAAAUUUGGCUAUUCUAUCCCUAUUAACUUAGUUUACAAAUUAUAUAUACAUUUACUAACAGCUGACAGUUCCCAAACCUGCUAUGUUUGUUGGUCUUGUAUCUCCUUACUUUUCACUUUUAUUGCCAUUGUUUUUGUAGGCUUGCUAUUCUGAGACCAGUGAUCCAGUUUUACAUGUCACUCUUCUUGGUGGUGAGUGGGGUUCAUCUGCUGGUGGGUUGUCAACCAUAAACAGAGAGCUUGCUAUUCACCUUUCACAGCAGUCAGCAGUGAAGGUUUCUUUACUAGUCCCAGAGGGGGCUUGCAAUAAUGAGGAAAAAAAUGAAGCCCAUACCUAUGGAAUCACUAUUGUUGAGGCAAAGAGACUUGCAGCAUUUGAUCGUCUUGAUUGGUUAAGCUUUCCACCCCAUGAGCACCUCAUGAACAUUGUUGUUGGCCAUGGUGUAAAACUUGGUCGGCAAAUACAGGUCAUAAGAGACUCUGCUCGAUUUCCAAAUUGUAGGUGGGUGCAAGUGGUUCACACUGCUCCAGAGGACCUUAGCAAGUACAAAUGCUACACUGACCCUAUUUCGAAAGGUGAAACAAAACACGAAUCAGAAGUUGAACUUUGCAAACUUGCUGAUCUUGUUGUACCUGUUGGGCCCAGACUGAAAGAAGCCUACACUUCAUAUUUACAGCGAUGCAAGACAGCUGAUCAAGACGUCUUGUCUAUUACUCCAGGCCUUUUUCAAAGGGAGUUUGGGGAUUUAGUUGCAAAACAAGACCCUAACGAGAACAGCGAAUUCAAAGUGUUGUUAUUUGGUCGUGGGGAUGAUGAGGACUUUGAACUCAAAGGGUACAACAUUGCUGCUCAAGCAUUUACUGAUCAACGGUUAAAAAACAAACCUUAUCAUCUAAUCUUUGUGGGAGCACCUGAAGGAAAGCAAGAAGAAGUUAGAGGAAAAUUUCUUCAGCGUGGUAUUGCGGAGGCACAGUUGACUGUUCGAAAAUUUAUACAAAAUAGAGACAAACUGAAAGAUUUGCUCUGUGAAGCUGACCUUGCCAUCAUGCCAUCAAAAUCCGAGGGAUUUGGUCUUGUUGCACUUGAAGCCUUGUCUGCAGGCCUACCUAUUCUUGUUGGUAGUAAGUCGGGAAUUGCCGAAGCAUUAGAGAAUGUUCCUAAUGGUUAUUCAUGCAUCGUCUUUUUUGAUGAUCCUGCAAAAUGGGCAGAAGCAAUUGAAGCUGUUCAUGUCAGGCAUCGAAUGCGCCUUGAAGAGAUUAAGACACUUAAAGCAUCUUAUGGAGAGAUCUACAGUUGGAAGGAACAAUGCAAAGAGUUUGUGAAGAGAAUGUGGAAAAAGGUCAACGGUAAGAUGUUGCUGUGA